AUGUCACAACCUCCCACCACCAGCACCCAACCUCCCUCCCGAUCUUUGUGGUGUUCUUCAGGACGUGAAGGGCCUGCAGCAUCUUCUGAGGCAAUGCUGCCAGUGGCAGGAUCACCAAUCACAGUGUCCGAGGACACUUGCAGGGAAAUUGUCAAUGACGCCAAACAACUCAUCAUCGGGGUAAUAUUUUCAGCCAACGCAAUGACUCACCAGACAGCUAGCAGACAAGCGCUGGUAACAGAGGCAGUUACAACUGCAAUUGAAAACCGUGGUCCAGAAUUUCCAAACACUUGUUUCAUCAGCAAGCAGCACCGCAGCGAAAUCAGUGGGAAUUUAUCAUUGGUGCAAGGCGAGAUCAUUGGGCACUCGUGGGCCGGCAUUUUCACAGCUUAUAAGCUGUACCAUCCGAAAUAUAGUACUGCAGAUCCUGUGGAAUUCAGAAUCGCAAAAGUGCAGGAGUUGACUGGGGGCCCUGAUCCCCUGCUAUUCAUGCACGAACAAUAUGUUGACGAGAAUGGAAACACUGUCCUCGCAAAGUUCGAAAAUAUGUUUAUCAUGGGUAUUGUGACCCGCUUCGUGUGGUAUUGGGGGCGUGCGUCGUUUGUCACCGACUCAGAGUCACUGAUUCAGCGGAUGAAGUUCAUUUUCGCUGUUGCCGGUGCAGCUACCAACUGCACAUUGCUCAAACAGGGCACCUUCAACAUUUUCGUCAACCCUUUCACAGGCGUCUUUCACGAGAGAAAAUUCCAGGAGAUCUUGGCUGCAUUUGAGGCCCUUAAUGAACAACAUCAGGAAAAAACCCAUACUGCCAUAGCCCUGGUGGCUAUAUAG